AUGGUUGAUAUUAUUUUCAUUGGUGGUUCACCUGGUUCUGGUAAAACAUCUGUUUGUAACCUUAUCAAUCAAGAUAAAUCAUGGGUAUUAAUUGAUUUCGGAUGGCUCCGUGAAUUUCAUCUGAAUCGAGAAUGGUCAAACACUUCAGAUGAAGAAGAACACAUGUCUUUUGAGAAUUUAAUAUUCAUUUUGAAGAAUUAUCAUCGCUACGGAUAUAAAAAUGUACUUGUUAAUGAUUUAAGUGAUGAACGUCUAUCACAACUAUCAAAUUAUCUAUCAUCUGAUGAAUUUAAAUAUUUAAUUAUAACUUUAACAGUUGGAAACGACGAUAUAUUGAAGCAACGCGUUUUGGAACCAACAAGAGAUAGUGGAUUUCGUAAUUUUGAACGGGCAAUUGAAGUGAACAGAAAUAUAAGACAAAGAGAAUUAGUUAGAAAUGAAGUACAAUUAGAUAAUACAAGAAUGACUGUGAAAGAGACAGCUGAGAAAGUUUUGGAGAUUUUGGAAGAAUUUCAGAAGAAACUUUAA